AUGGUCCAGAAUCACGCGCUUGUCCUCGGAGCGUCUGGGAUUUCUGGCUGGUCCCUGCUCAACCAGCUUCGUUCAUACCCGUCGGCAGACUCGUGGAAGAGAAUCACAGGAACAACAAACCGGUCGUUCUCACUCGAGCAAGCGAGAAUUCCUGCUGAAGACCGGAUCAAGAUUGUGAGCGGCAUUGAUCUGGUUGGACCAGUGAAUCAGAUUGUUCGAGACUUUAGAGAGAAGGUCCCCGAUAUCGACACUGUGACACAUGUAUUUUUUACAGCCUACAUUCAGAAAGACAGCUUUCAGCAGCUGAAGGAAACCAACACUCUCCUUCUCCAGAAUUCAGUCAAAGCGAUCGAGACCCUUUCUCCCAAUCUCCAAGUAAUCAUUCUUCAGACCGGUGGGAAGGGAUAUGGUCUGGAAUUUCCGAAAGAGGUUCAGAUCAGCCCGCCGUUGCGCGAGGAUAUGCCACGGAUCCCGAAGCCGUGGUACGACAAUAUUUUCUACUACACACAAUACGACACCCUGAAAGAAAUGGCUAAAGGCAAGCAAUGGACGUUCUCGGAGAUCCGACCGGACGGCAUCGUCGGUUUUGUGCCCGGCAGCAACGCGAUGAACAUGGCUCAAGGUAUUGCGAUCUACCUCUCACUUUGCAGAAGGGUUUAUGGCGAAAGGGCGCACAUACCUUUCCCCGGGUACGAGCAUGGAUAUCAUUCCACGCACUCAGAUACUUUCCAGGACUUAUUGGCGAAGAUGGAGAUCUAUGCGUCGCUCAACCCUGACCGUUGCGGGGACGGCGGUGUCUUCAACAUUGCUGACAAGGACGAGCCAGACACGUGGGCGGAGGUAUGGCCUGGGAUUUGCAAAUACUUUGGCCUCCAAGGCGUACCGCCACAGAAGGAAAGCAAAGGCAUGCAAGAGUUUGUACAAGAGCAUAUGGGAGAAUGGCAAGAGCUUUGCACUAGCCAAGGUCUAGACCGAAAGGCUGUGGAGUCGCAAAACUGGGGCCAUGUUCACUUCAUGCUUGUCGAAUUCGACUUCGACAGACAGUACGACUUGUCACGCGCACGUGAGAUUGGUUUUACUGAGUCAAUCGACACUGUGCAGGGCUACCAGAUUGCUUUUGAUCGUAUGGCAGCUGCGAAAAUCAUCCCGAAAUUCUAA